AUGGCUCCUCCUGCUCGCCUUGUAGCUGCUGCUCUCGCAGGUCCACCUCGCAGGCCUCUAGGCCCCGUGACUGUACCCGUGACUGAAUCCACAAGUGACUUGAAGAAGUCUCAGGCAUCGAGACUUCACAGGAGCUUUCUCGCCACCGAAGUCAAAGCCUUGAAGGUACUGAGAAACGGGACUGCAAGAUUGUCUGAAAGAGGUGGAACUCUAGAGUUUCAGCCCAACAUCUUCGAGAAGUUUGUCUUGCCACAAGCGCUGAAUCAAGAGAAGAAGCACGUAGCAGCGACUUGGAAGCAAGACCCGCUCCUGUGGGAGGCAGACUUGGACUGGAAGCUGCAGCAGGUCGAGGAGGAGAGGAGAGGGCGUGUUGUCAGAGGCGAGGAAAGGUUGCGUCAAGGUGAUAAGUACAUGGCCCCUGUCCUCGGCGUUGACUUUGAGCGUGAGCGUCUUCGGCACGCUUAUGCUCCUGCGGAGACACGAGCAAAGACAGUGGAGGUCGUCGACCUCAAGCGAGCAGGGAGCACGGAAGCGGAGCGGCAGCUGAAGCUUCUCGAUCGUCAUGCCUCCAUCCGAGCAGCCAGCGCGAGGAUCGUUUCGAGUUCACACGCUCGCGCGGUCACUCGGCAGUUCGAGGAGGAGACGAGACGGGUCAACUUGCCGCAAGUAAAGGGAGGAGGUGGUGGCGCUGGUGGUGGGGGAUGGGGAGUGCAGGUUCAGCUCCCGCCCCUGCCAAUAAGCUCCUACCCCCCCAUCCUCUCACAACCACAAGACGGCAGCAUGCUUGAUCUCUUCCGAUCUGCUUUCCUUCCCGUUGCUGAGUCAGCUCUGACAGGAGGAGAAGCAAGAUCUCAGAUGGUUCAAACGUCUCCACGCAUCCUCGCGUCCCCGCGGCUGCCGCUAGCAGGCGGCGCUGCUUCAGACUGGCUCUUCGGGUCACGGUGGCAGUGGUCAGCUGGGGGGCAGGCUGAGGGGGUCGCUGAGCUCUGCGUCGAUGGUGAGCUCAGAGAAGUUGCCGUGAAGAAGCUGAGGAGAGAAACAGGCUCGUUCAAAGCGCCUUCUGCUGGACAACAUGCACACUGGUGGCUGGAUGAGCAGGGGAGGCUCAACGUGGAGUGGGGCAACCGGCUUGGGCUGCACGUACUAGUGGUGGACAAGGGGAGGGGAAGGCUCACGGGAAUGCGAUCCAACGGUAAGGCGAGGAAGGGGAGAGAGCUGGGGAGCGCAGGAGGAAACGAGGAAGGAGAAGGGAAUGUGCCAGUGGAGGCUCAGCUGCUGAGAGAUCAGAGGGAGCAGGACCUGCCGCCUGCCUUCUUCUCGCCCAGGGUCUCGACGCUCCCGCUGAUCCACGAGGACUCGCGAAGGUCGACAGCAGCUGCUCGGCAUGCCGCUGACUCCCGCAGGUCGGAGGAGAGUGGGAGCCUCGAGUGGAGCUCCAUGCUGAACCAGGGAGGUGAAGAGAGCGGCGAUGCUGGCAGUGGCUCACCGAGACGAUGA